ACAGCGCGAGACAGGCCAGUCAGUGCUCCAUUAAUCGUUCACCUGGAAAGCAGCACAGGACACAUGUCCCCUCUCAGUGACGAGGUGAGGGCAAGGAGUUUGUCUUGAGAGGGAGGCAGAGUUACCGUGGUAACAGACAUGCCAAAACCGGACCUGCUCUGCCUAGUUCAGCUGUUGAACGGCACUAUCGAGACCUUCAGAGUCAACAAGCAGGAUGAAGGUGUGGUUCUGCUGGAGAAAGUAUUCAACCACCUGGGCCUGCAGGAGCAGCAGCUCUUCAGUCUGCAGAUCAGAGAAUCCAGCACAGCCAUUGCCUCUAUUGCAGCCAACACGCACUCUCCUAGAUGGUUAGAGCCAGAGAAACCCUUCAAGAAGCAGAUAAAAGGUCUUGUAUCUCCCUUUUAUCUGAACUUCAGAGUACGAUUCUUCAUCUCUGAUCCCAACUCUCUGCAGCAUGAACAAACAAGGCACCUGUACUUCCUCCAGAUCAGGAGUGACAUUAGAGAAGGACGGUUGCAGUGCCCACUGAGUGCAGCUGUAGUGUUGGCCUCAUAUGCCGUGCAGUCGGAGAUUGGGGAUCACUGUCCAUCCCGAAAACCUGGAUACCUCUCAAAGUGCCACUUUAUCCCUGACCAAGAUGAAGACUUCAUAUGUAAAGUGGAGGAUCUGCAUCCACAGCACAAGGGGCUGAAGCAGAGUGAGGCGGAGUUGUGUUUCCUCAACACAGCACGGACUCUGGAGUUGUAUGGAGUGGAGCUUCAUGCUGCCAUGGACAUCAACAAUGCCCCUCUGAUGGUGGGUUUGGCCUCCAGUGGUGUUGCAGUUUUCUGUAAUAUGAUUUGCUCCAGUUUCUUCCCCUGGGGAAAUAUAAUCAAGAUUUCAUUUAAGAGGAAACGAUUUCUAAUACAUCUGAAACGUAAACAUGGAGAGACUCAGGACUGUGAGGUGUCCCUGAUUCUGCCUUGUCCCAAAACCUGUAAAAACCUGUGGAGGUCCUGUGUGGAUCAUCACUCCUUCUUCUCCUCCAACCGGAUGGCCAGGAGCCCCAAACACAACAACAGCACGAUUCAGUCCUACACAAAGCUGAUUACACAGCACCUGGGCCUCGGCAAUAGUAAAAAUGAGAGUGGUCCAGUGUGUCAGCGAGUGGUGGGAGGGAUGGUGUGGAACCCUGUGCUGCGGAGAUCAAUUUCAUCAGAGUGUCUUGAGACUAAGAGUCUGCCCUCCAGAUCGCCCCCAUCCACUCCAAACUGGCGAAGUCCUCGAGUUCGUCAUGGUAUCCGUAAAGUGCGUCCAUCCUCAGUGGAGCUGGCCAAUGAUCUGAAAGACAUGUCGGAGGGGGAGGACGUCUUCUACACCUACAGAGCAUCUGUGAGCAGCAGCAAGGACAGCGAGGGAGACACUUCACCACAUCAUCUCUCCACCACUUACAACCGGGGGCCUGAUGAGGGUCUGUUGCAAGCUGAUGACAGUAUCGGCGAGGAGGAAAGCUUACCACACUAUGACAAGGGUGCUCUCGGUGACGGAGACUUGAUGCUGAUAUGUAUUGCCCCUGAUCAUGAGGGCAAGUUUGGCUUCAAUGUUAAAGGUGGGGUGGAUCAGAAGAUGCCACUUGCCAUAUCCCAUGUUAAACCCGACUCUCCGGCAGGCCGAUGUGAACCUAAACUCCUGGAGGGAGACCUGGUGGUCCUCAUCAACGGUCGAGACAUUUCUGAACACACGCAUGACCAGGUUGUCAUGUUCAUACGAGCAAGCCGAGAGUCGCACUCCAGAGAGCUCGCCUUGCUCAUCAGGCGUAAAGGUCCUGGCAGAGUGGCACCCGUGCUGCAGUUACCUCCCGCCCUCACACUCACCAGCCAAUCAGAGGUAGACAAAGUGCCUUCUCCUGGCCAGUCAGAGCGGGGCACAACACUGGAGGAAUCAAUGAGGCAGCUGGAGAGAGGAAUACAGUCUGGCACGCUCUGUUUUCAUUUUGAGAAUUUAUACAGGAGGAAACCUGGUUUGUCACUAAACUGUGCUCGGCUUCCUGAGAACAUGGACAAGAAUCGAUAUCGGGAUGUUUUGCCUUAUGAUGCGAGCAGAGUGGUGCUCCAGGGCCAGGAGGACUACAUCAAUGCCAGCCACAUCAAGGUGGCGCCACCAGUGUCUGGUGUAUGUUUACGUUAUGUUGCUGCUCAGGGUCCAUUGCCACAGACCUGCACUCAUUUUUGGCAGACUGUUUGGGAGCAACAGGCUCACACCAUCAUCAUGCUUACAACUCUGACAGAGAGAGGACGGACCAAGUGCCACCAAUACUGGCCGCAUCCGCCAGAAGUGAAGGAUUACGGGCACAUGCGGGUGAAGUGUCACUCCGAGGAGUGUAACCUGGCAUAUGUGACGCGGCAGUUCACUCUGACACACACACAGCGGAAUGAGGAGCGUGCAGUCACACACCUGCAGUAUGUCGCGUGGCCGGACCACGGUGUACCCGACGACCCUUCAGACUUCCUGCAGUUCAUCAGCUCUGUCCGGGAGAGGAGGAGAGGUGAAGAGCCUUUAAUGGUACACUGCAGCGCUGGGAUUGGACGGACAGGUGUUCUGAUCACUAUGGAAACGGCACUGGCUCUGUUGGAUGAGGGUCAGCCGAUGUUCCCGCUGGACAUUGUCAAAACACUGCGAGAUCAGCGAGCCAUGAUGGUUCAAACCACGUGUCAGUUCCAGUUUGUGUGCGAGGCCAUUCUGCGAGUCUACAAAGAGACACAGGGGGGAUCUAAAGCACCUUAAAUGAAAAACCCCAACAGGACCACAACAAGACACACGAAAACCGUUUCAGCCUCAUUCCAUUGAACGUGACUUCCACAGAAGGACUAUAGCAGGUGGACCUCUGGGACUAUGGGACUGGCACACAGACUGGAGUACAAAUGAGAGUAUAAGUGGCUUCGGAGCACAGCUGUCUGGGCUCUGUGUGAGCAUAUGAAUCUUCAACCUAGUUGGCCUUAGAUUUUGCUGAUUGUGCAUUAAGCUUGUAUAGGCUAGUCUCCAUAGAGACUGAUGUGAGCUGCUAAUUUCUGCCUGUGAGGCCACUCAGCAAUGACGCCUCUACUCUACUAAGCUCUUUGCCUUGUGCCUGUCAAUCAGUGGAUCGAAACAGGACAGCAGAGGCAGACCAGGAUCCUUGUAGUCUGUUGUUUGUCUAUGUCUGACGCUGGAGAGCAGGACGGGGCUUUAGAUCACUGCAGCAGAUGCUGUAAGGCCAUGGCGGUGCAGCAUUGCAUGCUGUCCACCAGAGGAGCACCAAACCCCCACUGUUCAUCACUCUUAAAUUAUUAAGACACUCAAUAAACACUCUUGAUUUAUA